GGAGUCUACAGAUGUAAUAACUCAACUUCUGUGGAAAACUAUACAGUGAUUGUAGAGUGUGAGUAAAAGCUUAUACAUCUAUGUGUUUUAUCUUUGUGUCUCAUUUCCCUAUGUUUUCUGUUCUAAUUGUGUAAAUAUUAAUUUUCUGUUCUCUUUGGGAAAAUGCAGGUGGUGCUGAGGGAACAAUUCCAGCCAAUGUUACCAGAGUCACUUUGGGAGGAACCUUAAAUAAUGCUUGUGAAGUUGACGCUACAUAUCGGGAAGCUAAUGUUACCUGGUUUUUUAAAGGUAUGGUAGAAGGUAAGCACACUUAAAAUAGAAUAUUAGCAUCAACAAACUAAUUUUAUUAAUAUGUGUCUUCACUCAACAGGGCUGCAAAUAAUUUCAUUUUUGGUAACAGAUAUAUGUCCACCAGGUCAACACUCCAUAGGAGAGGGAGGCGGAGGUUGGGGGAUCUCUGGAUUUCAAGUGACAGGGAUGAUCGAAGGAUAUUUUUGGGUUUGAAAUUUUCAAUUCCAGGAUUUUUUUGGGUUGGAAAAUUUGGCCGGCUUUUUUGGGGCGGCUUUAAGUAGGGAUUUUUUUAGGUAUUCAAAAUAUCUAAAGUUUGUAGUAGUGCCCUGCGUUUCCUGGCUGCAAACACAAACAUUCCAAACAUGAUAUAUGUACUUUGUGCAGUUGAUGUCUUCACUUGUGAUGGAUGGAUAGAUUUCAUUCAUUCUUUGUAAAUGUGGUCUGUUCCACAGUAAACAGCUCUAAUCUGACAAUCAGCAAUGUCAACUGUUCAUCGGAAGGCAUCUACAUUUGUAGUCCUGUAAAUAAUAUUUGCAAUGGAACUACCAGUGUUACAGGUAAGAGAUCGAAAUCCUUCAAAAAGACAGGGUUAUAUGUGUACACAUCAGAUAGAGUACAUAUGUACACUGUAAAUCUGAAAACCUAACUUUAAAUUAACAACUGGUACACAUGUAUUAGAAUACCCCUCCCCCACAAAAUUCAAAUAUAAUGAAAAAAUAAAUAUAUAUAUAUAUAUAUCAAUGACUAAACCCACCCAAACAAAUCAAACAAAUUGUUCCAGUCCUCGUUAAUAGUGAUGAAAUAAUUUAUGCACAAAAAUUCCCCAGAACGGUUCAUGUAGUAUAAAUCCAAAGAAAUAAAUUAUUUCAGAUUUUGGGAAAAAAUAAGCUUAGCAUAGAAAAGCUCAAAGCUCAGGAGAUUUGGUACUCUUUCAAAAAAGUGCUUUGUCCAGUUUAAUAUCGGCUUGCAACCUUUUGCAACUUUGCUGCUCAGUUGGCUGCUUUGUGGCUUCAGAACUUGCUCCACUUGCUUAGAAACUUGUGAGGUCACUAGUCUUGAUCGGCUGCUCCAUGGCCUAAAGGCUCGCUUAGAAACUAUUGAGGUCGACUUGCACGUGAAGCAAGACAGUCUAGCGAUUUAAAGACUUUUACAGGAGAGCAUGAGAUCAAUGCUGUGUCCCAGAGAUUUUGCAUGUUUGAUAAAUAAUAAUGUAAUUUAAAUGUGUACUUCAUUGUACCUCUAGGUACACUCAACAGUAGUACCAUCAGUACUCCAACCAAUGUUUCUACCAAUCAAUCCAACUCUAAUGGAAAAUCCAAGUCUAAUGGAAAAAUUGAGGCGCUUGGUAUUGCCCUUCCUAUUCUUGCUGGAAUUUUGGUUGUUGUGGUUGCAGUUGGAUGUUAUCUUCGCUUUAGGUAAAGAAGAUUCUGUUUAUUCAUGGUCAGGUUAAAGUUUACCCUCAUGUUUUUCAGAAGCUGAAGACCUGCCAGUGUACAUACUGCCUUACAUUGUUCCUUAAUAUAUUGUAUGAAAAACAGACUUGCCAAGUCUCUCUACUUUGUUGUGAGUCUCAUGAUUUCACAACCUAUCUCAUGCUCUCACGAGUUGGGGACUGAUUUCUCACCCUUUCUCGAAAAGUCAAACUCCAAUUUUUAAAUACUUUUGGAGUCGUACAUGCAGCGUUUGUUUUCAAGGCAGAUAUCAAUAGAUAGCCAGCUAAAUCCAAAGAAAAUGAUAUGUGAUAUGAUAUGGGACCUCCAAUUCCCAUAAUCCCCACUGGAAGUCCUUCUUGUAGGAAAUUUGGGACAUCUCACGACUUUUUACCCAUUUCUCACUACUUUUCUCAGCUUUAGGUUCGGAGUCUCACAUUUUUUGCCUUUUGGGGGUUGGCAAGUCUGGAAAAAAGAAAUUGAAAUCAACAGAGGCCUUCCUAAAGCUGUAGUACUACAUACAUGUACAUCCUGUCGUAGAAAUAAGAAAGUCAAGGCUGCACUGUAAGAAAAUUUGAAGCCCAAUGCUCUGAACCUUUGAAAUCCAGGGUGCCCAGCAUAGGAUUUGUAUGAAAAAGUUAAGAUUUCAUAGUCACUCAAGAGCAAAAAUAAAGCCCCAGCGGCCGCCCACAGGCACUGCUAGACCACAGCCCAAAAAGAGGUCAUAAAUAAGAGGUCUUUGAAAAGAGAAAAUUACUGAGGGUUAAUAUUUGAAAUAAUGUUUGGAAUUUUAAAUAUUUUGUUAUUAAAUCGUAAUAAUUUUAAUGUGAUAACUAAUAAUAAUUAAUAUAAUAUUAAUUGAUGUUUUGCCAAGAAUUUGCAUAGUAUUUGGAAACUAAAUUAAAAUGCAUGUAUUUACAUUUGUGUAUAACAAGAAAUAAUGGUUAUAACAAUGUGGUGGCGUAAACAAGGUGAUGAUGAUUUAACCAAGGUGACAAUGAAGCAGGACUCUACUCUUUAUAACUGGGUCAGAGUUGCAUUCAACUUUCCCCUUCGGGGAAGUGGUGUAGGUGGUGAGUCAGAGUUGCACUUAGGGGUAGGGGAGUAUGGGGUAAUUAAUUUUUAUUACACUGACGUACACUGUGUGUCCAAUGGUUACAUGUACAUGUAAAUCUAAAGGCCUUGGAGAAAGGCCGGAGGAGGAGGAUGAAAAAUUGUUGAGGAAUUGAGACAACUGUGAAAUCUCAUGUUGCACUGGAUUUUGAAUCUUUCUUUUAGACAUAGGAGACAGUGUUGCUGCAAAGCAUAUUGUAAUGGCUUCUUCACAGUGCAGGAUGAACCACCUCCUGCAUCACCAACGAAAAGACCAAGUCUUACUAGUUUUUCAAGUAAGUUGUUCAAUAUUUUUUAGUUAUGUCUCUUUAGAUAUAUCUACUUAAUAGCUGGGUUUUUGAAAUCUCUACUGCCAAAGUAGACCUUUUACUUACAACAAGUUGUUUUUGUUUAAAAUUUUCCCUAAAGUAGCUCAUCACUGUAAAAACUAAUAGUGCAACCAUUGCUUUUUUUCUUUGUAUUCGUCUCCUUCUUUCUUUUUCUCUCUGUUUUUUCCUCCACAUUUCUUCGUGUAAUGUGAUUUAUGGACUUAUUGAACACAAGAAACUUGCCUUUUUGGCCUCUUUCCAGUCAAAUAGCUGCAAUUUUUUAGGUACAUUUUCAAUUGAUUUUAGUGUUGUUAGAUACUAUUGUCGAUUUAAAUGACAAUGUGACAUAAGUUUCAGGCUGUAGAAGCUUGAGAGGUGUAAGGCUUGAGAAUCAGCAGGUAUACAAACCUCAAUACAAACAGAGUCAAACUUUUCUUUUCACCCAAGUUCAGGGAUGUCACUGAGGGCUCGGGGCUUGGGAUUUUUUUUUUUAGCAUGAGUCCCGGCUUUUGAUGUGCAAACAUUUUUCUCAGACUUACAAUAAUACAGAAUUUACAGGUAUGUUUCAAGCAUGAGACAAACAUCAAUUUCACAAUUUAUUAUUCUUGACUUAGUAAAACUGUAUAAAAAAUAACAUUGUUAUAAAUUUUACUUUUAUUUUUUUUCUUUUCAAAAUUUCUUGAAUCACAUUUUUUUUUCCUCAUACAUGUAGAAAAAAGAAAAAUUAUUGAUGUACCUGGUGUUGAAGUUUAUGAAAUCAAUGAUAAUAUUAUUAUAUGCUGACUGUCAUGAAUUAAUGUAUUCUGAAUGACAAAAGUGUUUGGUCUGUAAGCAUAGUUAUGUGACAAGUGAAGUGAAAAUGUGACUGAAUCUUGUGGUAUAUAACAACACACCACACAUGGAAUAUUCAAGAACUCAUCUGCAUGUUAAAAAUUACACAGUCAGUGUUUAAUAAAUAAUGCAAUAAUUAAGUUCUAAAAUGCAAUGGAGGGUGAAUGUUGUCAGUGGAGAUCAAUGAACAACAAUUUUAUUCAAUAUGGCAAGUACAGUGCAUUUACCAUUAAUACUUGUUUUAAUCUUAUCAGUUUAUUUAUGAUUAGCUGCAUUUUAGAACUAAUUUCUGAAGUGAUUUUGAGGAAACAUUAACUUUUUAGAAACAAGACUUCCUUAAUAUGUCUAGACAAGAAAUUGUUUCAUUAUUCUGGAAAAUUCCAAUUUGCAAUUUCAAUAUAUUUUUUUAAAAAUAUAUUUCUUUUUUGUAAUGCAAAAAAUAUGCAGCAUGCCAUGUAUAGACUGGUUAAUUUACUUGUUUUACUUGACAAAAGUUUAUAAAGCUUGAUUUUAUUGAUUUGAUGCUACAUUUCCUGGGUCUGAAGAUAAAUAAAAUAUUCUGCGAAAAAAUUGUAUUUUAGUCAAAAAUAUUUAUUUUUAUUGAGACUACUAGUUGACCUGUUUUCUUUUCUUUCCUUUGUUUUUUUGUUUUAUUUUUAUCUUUUGGGCAAUAAUUAAGCUACUGGCAUGCAAUAGAAUGCUGUUGGUAUUUUGAAAGAGUAUUAUUUUCUUCAGCGGAAAUAUUACUAAUAGUCGUAUUAAUAACCCUUGAUUUUCUUUCAGUCAGUUGUCUAAUAAUCCAUACAUGUUAAAUAGUAGACAAACUCACAGAAAAACUGUCAGGUUAUUUUAGUAUCUUGUGGUUUAACUCCUAUCUUCCUGUUGUUUUUGGGUAUGGUAUUGUUUGAUAAUGGGCUUGAAACAGUGGAAAAUAAAAUUUAUAAAGGUUAAAGCUGAACCACAACAGACUUGACCCAAAAUUUUUGUGGAAUCAGUUUUAAUAAAGCUGUUUUUGAUAACAUGUGACCUGCAAUGUCAAAAACUUACUGGAAUUUGGGUUUUUCUGUGACGUCAAUCAAACUUUACCAUGGCAUCUUAUCCUUGCUUGUCAAAUGCAUUCAGGUCUUAAUUUGAAGACAGCAAUUUUGAUUUCUACACUAACCCUUGCCAAAUUUCUCUGGUAUGAUGAACGCUUUUGCAAAGAGAAAUCGGUAAGAUGGAAAACCUAAAAUCCUAUUUAAAAAGUUUUUGACAUCGUAGGUCUUGUGUUACCCAAAACAGCUGUAAAGACAAGUCUUGUACUAGAAAUUUGUUGUUCCAAAAAUCUUGUGAAGCUGUAUGUAUUUAUCAUGAAUUGAAAGAUAUAUGUACAUUUGAGGAUAAUUAGCUUAAAUGAGUAUUUCAAAUUGCCAUUUCACAUUAUUUCCAUGUGUAUUCACUCUUGGGCUUAAAGGCCGAUCGAUGUACCUGCCUGUUUUCUUCUUCAUUGCUUGUGGUGGAUUUCAGAUUGCCUUUCUUGCUGCAGUGGAGUUUCAAUGUUAAAUCUUCCCCGACAAGGUUUUCAAGCCACUUGUUGAAUGGAACAGACAGCCUUUCAUUAUGAAAACAUGAUGGUGUACCACAUCAUCAGCUAUCAUUUGCACUUGAAGUUGUGUUGCCUGGCAACCCUAACAUGCACCUUGACGUCACACUGGAUGACGUCAACUGCAGACGCCCAAGUGAUAUAAAGAAAUAUUACCGACCUGAGUUUCUGCCUCACUGUGCAAACCACACGGUACACUCGCUGAGCACAUGACAAAUUUACAACUUCACUACGCAAAGGCUUCAGUUCUGCACCUCACUUCAGAUCAUGAGGAAUCAAAUAUGAUACUAGUAUGGAAAUAUUACUGUUCAAGAAAAUUGAAUAUUAUUUUUGUUUGUUCCCUUAUUACAGAAGCAAAGCAUGGGGCAGUCUUGGUAGAUGACUUUGCUCGUCAUGUUAAAAUUUUACACAUGGAUGGCGAUUACAGAUUCAGUCAAGAAUUUGAAGUAAGUUAACGAUAAUGUUCUUGCUCUUUUAAGACACCAUUUUCCAAAAUGGUUACUUCCAUAGUUCCUUCUACUCACUUUAGAACUACAGUAUUUUAUAGCCUGUAAAACCGGGCUGCUGAGUGCAGUUAACCAUUGGUGGUCAAAGUAGAAGGGAAAGGAUGCGAUUGGCUUACUCUGCUCGAUCCAUUGCUUAUUUUUCUGAGGUCCAACUUACUUCUGAUUCCCUGAUAUUUGUGCCUUAUACCUGUACUCUCUCCUUUUUGCUUUUCACCAGUGCUACAAACUGAAUACUCUGGUAAGGUUGGGAACAAGAUAGUGAACAGAUGCGGUAGUCCAGUGUUCUCCUUAUCAGGCGGUAACCAGUAAAAUUUACAUUUUGUACUGUCUGAAGCAAAAAUUCUUACCGCCUGCAUUUCUUGAAGACUUACUAAAAUUAAAUAAGUUGUUUUGAAAAAUUUAUAUGCAAGUUGUGAUCGAUCUGAUUAAGGUAAUAAAUGAAUAUAUGGAAGUGUACUAAAGUAUACACAGCUUUUCUCUUUAUGGGCCACACAUUGUGGAAAGAGGGCGUUGAAGACAGAGUAAAAUUAUUGGAAUCAAACGUUUAAAAUUAAUGUCUAAAGAUAAUGGCUGAUUUGCGUAAAAUAGGUCCUAAAAUGAGGGAAUGACGUUUCCAAGAACUUAGCUCCUAAAUUUCACAGCGAAGUCAAAGCCAUGUCCCUCACUCCACUGCCCCCAUCCCCCCAGGAAAGUGCGUCUCUGGCACAUAUUUUUUGCCUUACCGGCCAUGAAUGGUCCCUUACCUGCUGAGCUAAAAUUUAGGGAGAACACUCAGGUAGUCUCCCAUUUGUGUAACAGAUGGUAACUGUUACCCAUGUAUUCUUUCAAAUUUCUAAAGCUGCACAGAAAGCCGGAAGUCUAUUUUUAUGGGACUUCCUGUUUUGUCCUCAGCCAGAGCUCUUGAUUCAUGGUGCUGGCCAAAAGGAUCGCAGCUUUGGGGACAAGAUUGAACUUGUGGGGGUGAAUGGUCAAAUUCAUUACUACUGUAGCAAACAUUUCAAGUCAGUACUUGAUCAUAAAGCUUACAUGUAAUUAUAAUGACCUAUUUUUACUGUAAUAACUUUUUUUAAUCAACAGAGUUUAAAGAGUGUCCAUCUUAAAAGCAGGUCGUGGGUACAUAGUGAAAAACAAGAAAACCAAUCCAAGAACAGAUUUAACAAUAUUGUAGCUUGUAAGUUCAGUACACUGCAGUGUAUGUUAGUAAUUUACAAGUUUAUAUAUAUUGGAAGACCAAUAUAAUGAACCCCCAUAUAUCAGGCAGACCCUUGCCCUUAUUUUCAUAGCAUGUGUGGUAGAGGACAAGAAUAUUACUCAAUAAUCAUCGUCAUUAAAGUGCAUCUGAGACAGAGUUUUCAAUGUGCUGCCAUGCGUCACCUGUUUCAGCAGACAUUUUUUUUCCAGUCUUCAAUCAUAGAAAUAAUGCUAAUGUUUGUGUUUUACCCAUGUGUAAGUUUGCUGUUGUCCUUUUCAGAUGAUCAUUCAAGGGUGAUUCUUUCUCUAACAGAAAACGACCCUGAAUCUCAUUAUAUUAAUGCAAACUACAUUGAUGUAAGUGGCAUUAUGAAAUUGUGUUUAAAGUAAAAUGUGCCCAUAUUAAAUAAUGCCUCAACAGCUAGGCUACACAUAGUUAACAAUUAAUGAAUUCGGCUUUUGUAUCAUAUGAAGAAUUAUGGAGAUCUCGGAGGGUGUUAUCCACCUCGAUCUACAUAAUUCGUCAUAAGAUACUCAGCCUCAUUCAUUAAUGUUAAUUAAACUGACCUGUAUUAUUAAAGCGGCUCCUGUAUUAACCCGUGAACUCUAUUAAGCGGUCGCAGUCACCUUUUCCGAGGUCCCAACGAAUUAUUUUUUAUUGUCUUCACCUCUAUGAAACGGUCGCUUUGAGAAGACGUACCAUACUAGUGCAAUAGGUCGCACUGUGUAUGGCAUCAAGUGAUCUUUAACUGUUUUUUCUUUUGGCCCAAGAAGAUUUAGAAACAGGCGGACGUCAAUUUGUCUCGGCAUAGAUAUUUCGGUCUUUGACUACCAUACCUUCAUUUUCUUGAAUAACUCUCACGUUAUCAUACAGUCAACCUGUAUUAAGCGGUCUUUAAGCCAUUCCCAAUGGGUGACUGCUUAACAAGGGUUUGCCUGUAAUUUAAUCUAAGAUUCUGUUCUUUUUCUUUAGAGCUUUGAAAAAGCUAAUGCUUAUAUAGCAACCCAAGGUGAGUAUAGUUUCUAUCAUCAUACAAAAAGUUGGACUGGCUAAAUAAUUAUAAUUAGGCCUUUGAAGUUUCAACUGAUUUUUCUCUCAAACUCCAAAGUUAUCGUUUCCUUAACUCUCAUGCAGUUGUUUGUCUGACCCGCCUAGAUUAGCGUUUGCUACCUGUGGGCCAGUGUGAUUACUUAAGUUAAUUCUUACAAUAAAGUUUUUGUUUGUUUGUUGUUUUUUAGAAAAAGGUAUUGCAACCGAGAAGCCCUGGGCGGACAAGGUUGCGUCAGCUCAGCGAUUUUGGCGAAAAAUUUCUGGAAAAAAAUAGUUAUACUACUGCAUAAAAACAUAGUAAAAAACAGCAAAAAUACAACUCGACUGGUGACAAUUUUUUUUUGAAAAAUAUCUGCUAAAUUGAACAUCCUUUUAUAUCCUAAAUUUGUCGAGAAACAGGCAAAUGAAGGCGGAAACCGAACUACCUACCCCUUCCCUAAACCAACAUUAACACGUGGUUCUCACUUAGGGCAAAAUAUUGGCUUAGGGGAGGGGUAUGUGGGCAGAUUCCCAGAAACAUAUAAUGAUGCGAGUAUGUAUUAGCCUGUGUACAGAAGCCCCCUCCCCUCAGUAAAAUUUUUUUGACUGAGGGAAGGGGGCUUCUUUACACAGGCUAACUAUGUUUUUAAAGUAAGAAUUGUUUUGAAUAAAUAUAAAAAAAAAAUUCUUGGAUUGGGUUUUUGUAUGAUCUGAAACAUUUUGCAUAUUUUAAGCGGAUAACACUCUCCUCCUCACACUCAAUCUCAUUCAAUAAUAUCGUUAAAUGUUUGACCCCAGUAACAACUUUCUAAUUAACAAUUGUUCUCGUUUUGUUCUCCCCUGUGUUACAGGACCCGUGGCCAACACCAUCAGUGAUUUUUGGCGGAUGGUCUGGGAGCAAAACUGUACAGUCAUUGUCAUGAUAACAAAAAUUAUUGAAAGAGGAAGGGUAUGUUGUAUUCACCACUUUUGA